CAAGCCGUCAGGAUACGUACGAUACUAUAGUUGUUGUAUAGCACCCAAGUUAGCUAGGACCAUGUUGCUACUUACUGUACGUACAGGAGCUAAAGCUCUGUUACAGGCGAUUUGACUGAUUGCGUCGUUGUGUCCUUUCCGGGGCCGGCUCCGUCCUUGCGAUAGGACUUCAAGUACCGGCAAACGGCGUGAAGCGUGCGGAGCCACGCGGAGGGGUUCGUUCUUGAGUCCAAUCUUUCUGUAAUACACAAUAAUACCAUUACUAUCAGUCAUAUAUCUCCUAUGAAUUUCUUAUCUACAGAGCCAUGGCUUGAACUUAAUACUGGGCCUUGAUUACAUUUGGUAGAUAGCGAGGUACGUGGUAGUAAUCAGGUAGUCAGUCAUUCAGCUGAAGUCACUGAUUCUUUGCACCAAGUACUUUAGGCUGUGCAGCCGCAAACAAUCCAACUCUGACCUGACUGCCUCACUCACGUCACCCUUUUACUUCCGUUCGAUUCCCCCCCCCCCUUCAGAUACCUUCACAAUUCUGGCCUUGAUCUCUCUUCUCUGGGUUAUAAGUACGCAGCCCUAUAAGCUCCAGGAGGCAGAGGCAUCCUGCCUACCUAGGUAACUGAGCUACCUCCAUCCAAAGCUCCCGUCAGCUUGCACCUACCCCACCUUGACGUCAACCUCGCCGAAUAGGUAUCUGAUCAUACCUUAUCACCUGGACUACACCACAAUCAAUCACUUUGCACACCAAAUUCAACCAUCACGAUGGCUUCUCACACCAAAGACCCUAUCACGUGCCACGUUCUUGAUACACAGGCUGGUCGCCCUGCUCGUGGCAUCCGUGUCCGUCUUGAAGGCCCCAUCCCGCCGUCGAUCAACCCUCACUCUGCUGCCCAACCUCGACCCAACACCUUCGAAUCCAUGACCGACGACGAUGGCCGUGUUACAGCCUGGCUACCGUAUCUUUCCGAGGAUGCUGCUGGAGAGCCUCCUCUUCAGACUCUCGUUGAGGUGCUUGAGGACCGCAAGGGGCAGGGUUCGUCGCGAUGGACGCUGCGUUUUGAUACGGGAGCUUACUUUGGCGAAGAGAACACCUUCUUCCCUGAAGUAACGGUGAAAUUUCGUGUCGACGAGGGACAGACGUAUCAUGUUCCCCUUCUGCUGAGCCCCUAUAGUUAUACUUCCUACCGUGGAAGCUAAAUGGAUGGUAGUAUUCUUGGUACUACACGGAGCGGAACGACCAGAAUCAGGGGCUGUAACUAUCUCGUGAGAGAAAAAUCGAUGCCAAAGCGAUUUUUAGAACCCUUAUCCUGAAACCCCACUGGUAUGAUAUGAAGAUAGUACAGAGACGAUGACAAUGUUACGAUCAUAGCGAUGAAGCUAAGGUACUUAUUAAUUCUUAAAAGAGUGUCCCUGCCGGCUACUUCCUUCCAAGCCAAACCAACUGGCUAUAUGAGUGGCAUUGCUGUCUCUGCCCUACCAGAGGGACUUGAAUAUCCAAGUAUUUGCACUGAUUGCCAGGCGAUACUUUUCCUUGCCGAUCAAGAAACCAUGAUCCAGGUAAACGCCACGCUACCCACAAAAGAAAAGUAAAGAAAGUAAACUUUUUUCCGGAAGAAAAGCAUAUCGGUGAUGCGUUCGUCACAGGGUCAUCAGGUUCGGCCGUAUACGUCGUUGUAGAAGUCAUGAUUGUUCCGAUCUGAGUGAGGUGUUGCACUGUUUGUUCGGAAGGUUAUACAACACCUCUAACUCCUCCGAAACUUGCUCAUAAAUCCUUUCUUAGAGCGAUGGGUUGGUACGUCGGGCGAAGUUGGCGGUGUGUUCUCUUCGUCUCUCCUCGUGUUCCUAGACGCGAGACUAUCGGUCUCGUCCUUGGAGAGUCGGAUGCUUGAUGUAGAAGGGCGGAAGCUGUUCAUGGAUGGAUUGCCGGCUCUGACGCUCUCGUUAUCUCCAACAUCAGAUUGAACCAGGGAGAAUACACUGUAGAGGGCUUCCGAAGUGGGGUUGAUACGACCAUGGUUGAGAGUGCGUCGUUUCUUCCUAAGGAAAGAUCGCCGAGUUCGCAUAAGUGCCCGGUCAGGAUCGAUAUCUUCUUGAGUGAGACAAGCGUUGGGUGAAAGAUCCGCAUCAGGAUGUGGGAGUGUGGUGUUUCGGACUAUAAAAUGGUUAGCAACAGAUGUUACAUUACAGUGGUUGGGCGUCGACUAAAUAGGUCCUUACCAUUGUUAAAGGGCUCAGGGAAUCCUGUGUCUCUUGGUUCUCUCGAUUCCCUUCGAGGCUUGGCGGUAUUCGUGGUAGUGAUUGUAUCCGCCAUUGUUUCGGUAGAUUUGGAGUGUGUGGAAUGAGAAGUCAUUUGAUGAUCGACCGAGAGUUGAGUUUGAGUUUGUUUGUUUAUGAUGAGAAAAUCACAAAGAGGAAGAA